AUGGAAGUACUGUACACCAAACCUCAAUCUUCCCCUUACUUCUUCGGAGGACCGCAACCCUGGUCCUCCUUCUCCUGGGCCUCCUCGGAUGACCGCGUCCGCGGCGGCUCCUCACAUUCCUACCUCACCAUUAACAAAGACACCAACACUGCUAUCUUCCACGGCAAUCUCGACAUCAAGACCCUCGGCGGAGCAGGCUUCGCCUCGCAACACACUGCCAGCACCACUGAAUUAUGGGAUCUUAGUAGCUACGCUGGAUUGGAACUAUCUAUCCCUAAAAGUGAUGGACACACGUAUACGUUGAAUUUGAGGGAUGAACUGCAGGAUCCUCGACCGGAUGGACGCCAACGGAGCGGGUUGGUCUGGGAGGCGAAGUUCAAGGUCGAGAAGGGACAGACGAAGGUGAGGUUGGGAUGGAAGGAGUUUCGGCCGACGUAUCGUGGGAGGGAGGUCCAUAUGGGGAGACCGUUGAUCUUGGCGGGGGUGAAGAGGUUCGAGAUUAUGAUUCGGAGUUUCUUUGGGGAACAGGAAGGAGAUUUUGAAUUGGAAAUAGAGUCGAUCAAGGGCAUUGAGCAAGAAAAAGGACGGUAUCGGGAUGACCCAAAUGACAGUGGAGACGAUGAUAAAUACUAUGAUGAGAAGCAGCAGCCUUACAGUGAGGAUGAAGACACUGGAUUAGGCUGGCUAUGCUGUGGAAUAUGCUAG